CGGCCAUAAACAGUCAAUAACAUAAAUGACAGUUUGCUCUUUGUACUCUUCCUGUGCAACAACACAGAGAUCAAGCUGAACACAACAAAACCACAUGAAAAUAGAGCUCAGUGUUUUAUAUUACAGAACACGGUUUAUACAACCUAUUCGGAACAUUUAGGAGAAUUUUGCAUUCAAUGGUAAACCAGAACAUAUAAGAUGCAGUGAGGACACAUGGUGGCGCUGCAGGUUAAAUCAUGGAAAACAGACUUGCCUAUGCAGCUCCAGUAUCCAGCCAAACAGUUUCACGCUGCCUGGAAGCUAAAGAAUAGCUUUCUCAGCCAGAGCAAAAGUGAGUGCGAAACCUCUUUAAAACUCUAUUUGGCGGCAUAGUUCUGACACUCUGGACUGCAGGACCGGGCUACAAGGAUCCUGGGCGGCAUACGUGAAGCUCCUGUGAACCCAAAUUUCAGGAAAGAGCAAUGGAGAUUGGAUGGAUGCGCAAUCAGAGGCAAAGGCAAGUCCUAGUUUUCUUUGUUUUGCUGAGCAUGUCUGGGGCGCGCGCCGAGUUGGGGCCCUAUUCAGUAGUGGAAGAAACGGAGAGAGGCUCCUUUGUGGCAAAUCUAGGAAAAGACCUGGGGUUAGGGUUGACAGAGAUGUCCACCCGGGGAGCCCGGAUCAUUUCCCAGGGUAACAAAGAGCAUUUGCAGCUCAAGGUUCAGACUGGGGAUUUGCUCAUAAAUGAGAAACUAGAUCGAGAGGAGCUAUGCGGUCCCAUUGAGCCUUGCUUACUACAUUUCCAAGUGUUAAUGGAAAAACCUUUAGAGAUAUUUCAGGCUGAACUGAGGGUGAAAGACAUAAAUGACCAUUCUCCCGUGUUCACUGAAAGAGAAAUGAUUCUAAAAAUACCGGAAAACAGUCCUCUAGGAAAUGCAUUCCCUUUGAGUAAUGCUCUAGACUUGGACGUAGGAAGCAACAAUGUUCAGAACUAUAAAAUCAGCCCCAACUCCCAUUUCCGGGUUCUAACCCGCAAUCGCAGUGACGGCAGAAAAUACCCUGAGCUGGUCUUGGACAAGGAACUGGAUCGAGAGGAGGAGCCUGAAAUCUCCUUAACCCUGACGGCGCUGGAUGGCGGCUCUCCGCCUCGGUAUGGGACCGCCCAAGUGCGCAUUGAAGUGGUGGACAGCAAUGAUAAUGCCCCUGAGUUUGGGCAGCCUCUCUACAAGGCGCAUAUUCCCGAGAACAGCCCCAUAGGCUCCCUGGUUGUCAUCGUCUCUGCCAGCGAUUUAGACAGUGGAAUCAAUGGAAAAAUAUCUUACACACUCUUUCAGCCUUCAGAAGAUACUAGCAAAACUUUGAAGGUAAAUCCUAUGACAGGCGAAAUUCGACUGAGAAAACAAGUAGAUUUUGAAACCGUUCAGUCUUACGAAGUGGAUAUCAAGGCCACUGAUGGGGGAGGUCUUUCAGGAAAAUGCACUCUUCUCCUGCAGGUGGUGGACGUCAACGAUAAUCCCCCAGCAGUGACCAUGUCCGCACUCACUAGCCCCAUCCCAGAGAACUCACCUGAGAUUGUAGUUGCUGUUUUCAGUGUUUCAGAUCCUGACUCCGGGGAAAAUGGGAAGACUAUUUCCUCCAUCCAGGAUGACCUUCCUUUUCUUCUAAAACCUUCAGUCAAGAACUUUUACACCUUGGUAACGAAGAGAGCGUUAGACAGAGAAGAAAGAGCCGAGUACAACAUCACCAUCACCAUCACCGACAUGGGAUCCCCCAGGCUGAAAACCCAGCACAACAUAACCCUGCUGGUCUCCGACGUCAAUGACAACGCCCCCGACCCGCUCACCGUCUACUUGGUCAUCGCCCUGGCCGCGGUGUCGUCGCUCUUCCUCUUCUCGGUGCUCGCGUUCAUCGCGGUGCGGCUGUGCAGGAGGAGCAGGGCCGCCUCGCUGGGUCGCUGCUCGGUGCCUGAGGGCCACUUUCCGGGCCACCUGGUGGACGUCACCGGUACUGGGACCCUGUCCCAGAGCUACCAGUAUGAGGUGUGUCUGACCGGAGGUACUGGGACAAAUGAGUUCAAGUUCCUGAAGCCGAUUCUCCCCAAUAUCCAGGCACAGGACCCUGGGAGGAAUAGUGAAGAAAAUCCCUCCUUGCGAAAUAGCUUUGGAUUUAAUUUUCAGUAAGUUUUUUUUAUAUAUAUUUUCAUGUACUUUUGAAGUGUUAUAUAACCAUGUCAAUAUUAGUGUAGUUUUAAAACUCCAAGUUAAAUUACUAUGCAACUUCAAGCCUAAUCUUAAAGUUCUGUAUAUCUGUGUUUUUACAAUGUUACUUCAUCCUUUUUUGCAUUAAUCAGCAGUUAGUUUUCAUUAGUACCCAUUUCUAAAUAAUAGUUUUAAGGUUUAAUCCUUUCAAUAUGGACAAAGUUUUAGUUAUUUCUCAUUCUAGAAAACUAAGGUUUUGAUUUUUCUCCUAGUAUUUUUCAUAGUCUGCAUCUUAUGAUCUUAUCCACCUGUCUGUUUUACUUCCUUCAUGUAAGAAGGCAUACCUGCACUUCUGAUCGUAUUCUAACAUUCUGUUUAAUCUCGUUGAAAAAAUAUUAUCUAGUUCUAAAUCACAGCAUUUAAAAAGAAAUAUUUCUCUAGUACUCUGCUCUUGAGAAAAUGAAACAUCAUUUUGUGAGUGACAGUGUACUCCAAUACUAUAUGUGUGUUCAUAUUAUUAUUUCAUUUCCUUUAAAUACACUCCUCUUACUCAGUUAAUAUUUUGUAAUGUCCACUUUUGCUGAUGUAUAAAACAGAUAAUGUCUUAUAAUUCAAACAAAAUGUAAUAACCUGCAUGAAAAGGAAUAUAAAUAAAAACAUUUUGAAAAUUUGUGAGAAUAUU